AGAUUUCGUUUUCGGCGCGCGCUGUAUACCUAACCUUUUCGACGUAUGCCGCUCGUGCCGUUAAAAAGAUGUGUUUGUAAAUAAUUUUUUGUGUUAAGUGCAAACCGUUUAGUUUGUGAAUGAAUGUUAAUUAUUAUUUUUAAUUAUGGCUGAAGGAAGUAAUGCGCAGAUCAUAGCAAUACCUGAUGAUGUAUGUAGAAAAGCUGGGACUGCUGCGACUUGGGUUGGACCAAAUAAACUUGCUCUUUUUGGUUACAAACAUGUGAAUGUACAUUCUAAAGAUGCUCCAAGCAGUUUUUCACCCUGUGAAGCAAAAGUACAUUUUCUCAGACCAGAAGUAAUCUUAUUUUCACCAUCUCUUCGCAAACUUGUAAACGAAAGCAAUGGUGUAUUUUUAUCCAUUCAAAAGGUGAACUGUUCUCCUACUUCAAAUGAUUCAAGACCAGAAAUGCUAAAAUACAGCAAACAGUAUCGUUCUAUCUUGAGAGCUUGUAUAGAAGAAUUACAAGAUCUUGCUGAAAAGUGCCCACAAGAAAAGAAAAAUCUUUAUGAAAAUUUUCAAACUAUUUUUUAUAACAUUGAAUGUGUCUGGCAUUUGACAGAAAUUCUCUACGUAGAUGUUGUUCCAGGUGAUGUUGUUCUUCCUCAACUUCUUGAGUGGGUUCGGUUUCACUUUCCUUCAAGAGAAAUAAUGGCCAUGAAAAUUUUAGCUAAGAAGAAAAUUGGCGCAGACCUUGAAAAUAAUGAAUAUUGGGAAGCUGUGAUGGGUUGUGCUUUACAUGGAAAGCUAGAUAUUGUUAGAGCUCUUCUUGCGUUACACAGUAAAGCAGAUCAUUCAGCAUUUAUAGCUGCAGAAAAUUCUUUGAGAAAUAUGCCUGUAUACAAUGUAUAUGGUGGAUACUCUGUCAAAGAAUUUACAAUAAGAUGGAAGCAGUGGCAGAUGAGUUUGUCUCAAAGCAUUGAUAGCAAAGCUUUUGGUGUGGAAGAAAACUUAGAAGCACUUAUGAGGUUAGUUGUUGGUAAUGAAUUCUGGGAAUUCUCAAAAUACACAGAAGCAUGGUAUGAGUUACUGGCAGCAAAGCUGUUUUAUUCUGCCCCAUGUUGCAAGCAACCAGAGCUUGCUCGUCAUGCAAACAGUGUUGCAAUUAAAUGGCAAUCAAACCGACAAACCUCGCUUAUGACAUUAGAUAAUAUAAUUCUUGCUUUGAUGGAAAGUGACUUGCAUCAAGUUAUCAAAGAAAUUCAGUACAUGAAUGAUAAUGGCUGGUUUGCAGCACACUUAACAGAUUUACUGUACCACUGCGGCAGAUUGAAUAUAAUGGACAAGCACCAAAUCAAUGUCACAGAUUUGCUUCAUGAAUCAUUGAUAUUGGAUUAUGGUAGUACUUUAAUGGACCAUCAUUCUUUAUGGCAGUGUGGUGCAAGCUACUUGGAACACUGUCCAACACAAGGUCUAGCAAGGCUUGAAACUCUCUUGCAGACAAUCCCUCUGGGUAGUGAAGCUAGAAUUCAUAAGAUAAUUGAUCUAGCAAAUGAGAAAAAUAUGCAUAAUGUUGUUAAUAGCAUUUGCAAGAUCCAAGGAAUAAAAUGUAUUAAUCAAGGUCGAUUGGGCAACGCGCUUGCCUGGGCGCUUAAAGCUCGUGAUAUUCUUUUCACCAGCCAUAUCGCUGAUCGCUUCCUCAAACACUACGUUGAACAUGCGGAAAUACAAUGUCGAGAUUUAUUAGAGAAUCUUGGGCCUUGUAUGCUCGUUAGCGAUAGGCUCACAUUCCUUGGAAAAUAUUGCGAAUUCCAUCAAAUGUAUGGCAUAGGAGAAUUUAAAGAAGCCGCAAGACUACUCAUAUCUUUGAUUGUCUCAGAACUAACACCAAAAUAUUUCUGGUCAAUGCUGCUAACGGACGCUAUCCCACUUCUCGAGACCGACGACCUUGUGUUCUCCUCCGAAGAUACGUUCGAGCUUCUGCACGCGAUCGAAGAACACGGAGACGAUCCCAAGUUUGAAGACAAGGUGAUGAUAUUCCGGUUGGCAGCUGCACGAAAUCUUGCGCGAGCGCUUAUCAUCGAGGGCAGUAUGCCUGAUUAACGAUCAUUCUAUUAUAUACAUCUAUAUUUAGUUGCCAAACAAAUGUGUAAAUAUUAUACCUUUUUAUACAGUAUACUUAUUGCCAUCGCGGUAAAACAAGCGUUUGAGGAUUGAGCAGUCGUUCGCUAAGAUUUGUAUUUUUCGUUCAUCUCCGUGUAAUUGUAUGUGAUAUUGGCAGUACAAAACUUGUGAUUUUUUUAAUUUGUUUUCCUCGAGGGAUUUAGUUUUUGUUUAUUAUUUUUAAGAAGGAGCCUUUGUUACAGUAGUAUUUGUAAAUAAAUAAAAAGGAUAGUGUCAAAUUCAUGUCAAAUGAACGAGAAAUCAAAAUUCUAAGCGAUGUCUGCUCAGUCUCAUCCGGAUCAACUUUACUGCCAGAAAAAUGCCUCAAUCAUUUGAUUAUUAUUAUUUCAAGUCAAAGAAAUAAACGUAUCAAAUGUUUACAAGCAAUGUGCUUGAAAUAACUGUAUUAUUGAAAGCUCAUAAAGACAGCAGAAUUUUUCCACAUCAAAAA